CAGCGCUCCCGCCGUGGGGCCCGGUUUCCUCAGCACACCCAGCUCCGGCCGCCUCUGAGCCUGCCCCUGGCCCUUCACACGCCCCGGCGCCAGCCCAGGCCCUCGGCGGGAGGAUGACCGAGCUGCAGUCGGCACUGCUACUGCGAAGAUAGCUGGCAGAACUCAACAAAAAUCCAGUGGAAGGCUUUUCAGCAGGUUUAAUAGAUGACAAUGAUCUCUACCGAUGGGAAGUCCUUAUUAUUGGUCCUCCAGAUACACUUUAUGAAGGCGGUGUUUUUAAGGCUCAUCUCACUUUCCCAAAAGAUUAUCCCCUCCGGCCUCCUAAAAUGAAAUUCAUUACAGAAAUCUGGCAUCCAAAUGUUGAUAAAAAUGGUGAUGUAUGCAUUUCUAUUCUUCAUGAGCCUGGUGAAGAUAAAUAUGGAUAUGAAAAACCAGAGGAACUCUGGCUUCCCAUUCACACCGUGGAAACCAUUAUGAUUAGUGUUAUUUCUAUGCUGGCAGAUCCUAAUGGAGACUCACCUGCUAAUGUUGAUGCUGCGAAAGAAUGGAGGGAAGACAGAAACGGAGAAUUCAAAAGAAAAGUUGCCCGCUGUGUAAGAAAAAGCCAAGAGACUGCUUUUGAGUGACAUUUAUUCAAUAGCUGUAAUUUCACUUAUUUCAGGGUCUCCAAUUGAGAAACAUGGCACUGUUUUUCCUACACUCUACCCACCUAUUGCUGGACUUCUCUUGUAACAAGUUGGCAAACACUGGCUGGAACUGGGCUGCAAUAAAACAUGCCAGUAUCAAUGCUGACAAGAGCCUAACAAGUGCCAACUUACAGAUGAUUACGUAUUUUGAAUUCUAAUGAACUGUUUUAACCUUCAGGAAGAAUUGUAAAGACCUGUAUAUAGCACAACAUGAUCCGGAUAAUAUAUAUACUGUUCAUGUACAUCCACAAAUACACCUUGUACCAAAUAAUGCUUUCUCGUAGUAGAAUAAGAAUCGUGUAAAUUCUAAAAGAUUUUAGCAGGUUUUCUUCCCCUACUCAUUGUUUCUUAUGUUUUAAAAGACUCUUUAAAGCAUGUCAGAUGAAAAGCAAUUAGGAUUAAAAGUUUCCAUUUAAUUUCCUUUAAACCAUUGAGGCUUCAUUAAACUCUUUCCAUUUACUAAA